CUUUGAUUUCGAUAACAUCGAGAUGCCCCACUCCAAAAAUAUCACAUCACCACACAUCAUCACCUUUGCGCCAGUGUGACAGCCUUUCUGCGGCUCUUUUCACUUGUCAGUCGACGGGUAUCCAUCUCCGGCACCUCAGCCAACACACCACCGCUGCCUCUCCAUCUGCGCCCUGAACGUGCCUCGAGGUAUUCGUCCACGCUUAGAGACCCCGUCGUAUUCGCAACCCCUCCGCCGCCGUCCAAGACCGUCCCAGCGCACCGCGGUCCCUGCUUGCAACCGUCACCCAAUCCCAUAGUUCCAGCCGUCCCGUUCCUGGCCACUCAUUUGCGUUUGCAAGACGGCCAAAGAUAGUGGAAGGUUCCGGGGUGCAGUUCACCGGUUGGAGGUAGCGAUAGUCAAACUAUCUACCCAUCGUGUUAUACCUCUCCUUUGAGCCACAGCCGUCUCUUUCUGGUUGAGGCCAGGCGAUCACCGUCAUUUCCGCUUGCCCGUAAAGGUCAACCCAGUACGGAUACACCACACAGCUCCAGGCCAGGCCAAGCACCAGCAUGUGUGGCCAUCACGACGGUGAGGAGCUUACCCGCUCCACUGCCGUCACCUCUGUCUCGACAUCAUCAGACCCCUUCCCCUGGGAAUCUGGCAUUUACGAUGCUCAUUGCCACCCCACGGACACCAUGUCCACCAUCGAGGCUAUACCUGGUAUGCGCGCCUCGACCCUAACCGUCAUGGCCACCCGGAGCCAAGACCAGGCCCUCGUUGCUGAGGUUGCUGCGUCCCACGGCGUGCGAUCAAAGUACGAGCUGUCUCAGGGCCAUCUGAUUCCCUCUUUCGGCUGGCAUCCGUGGUUCUCCUACCAGCUGUUCGAUGACACCGUGCCCGAGGCUGAGAGGACGUACCACGAGGGCCAGCCCGACGCAAAGAAGCGCCAUUACCAGGCCGUGCUAGCCCCCGCCCCUGAAGACCCCGACUUUCUCGACGCCCUGCCCACCCCGCGUUCUUUGUCGGCCUUUUUAGCCGAUACCCGGGCCCGCCUCCAACAUCAUCCCCUGGCUCUAGUCGGUGAGGUUGGCCUCGACAAGGCCUUUCGCCUGCCCCAAGGACGAACGGACGCCGACGAGUCCUCUCGUGACCAGGCCCUUACCCCAGGUGGUCGCGAGGGGCGUCGUUUGGCGCCUCAACAUGUCAAGAUGCCCCACCAGGUUGCCGUGCUGAAAGCUCAGCUGGCUCUCGCCGGUGAGCUUGGCCGUCCUGUGAGUGUCCACGGCGUCCAAGCCCACGGUGUCCUCCAUGAUACCCUCUCUUCGCUGUGGAAGGGUCACGAGAAGGAGGUCGUCAGCAGGAAGAAGCGUCGUCUCGUCGCCGAGGGAGCCGAGGAUUUUGAUUCCGAGGACGAGCUCGAGGAGGAUGAGUUUGGCAGGAAAGGCGUCCCGUCGAGGCCGUACCCCCCGCGUAUAUGCCUCCAUUCGUACUCUGGACCUGCUGAGAUGCUGAAGCAGUAUACUAACCCAGCCAUACCCGCGCGCAUGUUCUUUUCCUUUUCAUCGGCCAUCAACAUGGGCACCAAAGCUGGCGCUGACAAGAUUGCCGAGGUUCUCCAGGCGUGUCCCGAUAAUAGCAUUCUGGUUGAGAGUGACCUACACAUCGCCGGUGAAGAGAUGGACGCCAGGCUAGAGGAGAUGUACAGAAAGGUGUGCGAGAUCAAAAAGUGGACAUUGCAAGAGGGGGUGGAACGCAUAGGAAAGAAUUACCGCGAGUUCAUCUUUGGUUGA